AUGUCGAUCAAGCAAGACAGGCCCCAGAGAACAACCUCGUGUUGUGUCGGCAUCGAUGACGCCAGUUCCUACAACGACGCAGCUGUUGCUCUGCCCGUCUGCAGUCGAACCUUUAAGCCAAAUAAGAACCAGGACUCUAACUUGCGCCGUCAUAUCAAGAACGUCCACAACAUGUCGCCAACGAUGCACCCCCGCAAGUGCAAAUGGGACUCGAUACCUGGCGGCCGCAUCAAGGAUGACAAGGAGCGCAAGGAGCGCACUCGCAAGAGCAAACGUCUUUGGGCCCGCAAGACCCGUCUCCGUCGCAAGACCGAGGAGGCAGCCUUAGUGUUGUGCACGCUCAGUCAGGCGGUCUAA